GAGAAAUUUUUGGGGGCAAAUUGGGUAUAGUGCCACUCCACUCUCUCUCACACAUUGCUCACAUACAGGCACACUGCCGCACACACUCCCUCUCUCUCUUCUAGGGUUUUGCUCCCUGCGAGAGAAUCAAGGAAAUAGGAAAAUGGCAUCGUCAACCAGGGUUUUCGCGAAGGGUUGCGGCUCUCUAAUGGCGGCUGCUAGGCAUUCCGCCGCCGCUGCUUCCUCCCAAGCCGGUGGCGCCGUGCCCAGCACGACGCGUUGUCCGGGCGGCAUUCUGAAGCCGUCGCCGGUCUCUCCCUCUCUUCGUACAUUUCUCGGUGUUUCUGAAGCAUCACGCACUGACGUCAUCAAAAAGGUCUGGCAGCCCAUCAAGCUGAUUAACAAUCUCCAGGACCGGCAAAGAAAUUUUGAGUUCAUGCCACGACGAUUUAUAUGCAAGGGAAGUUUUCUUGAUGCACAACGAUCUAUAUGGAAGGGAAGUUUUCUUGAUGCAUUCCUGUUGAAAAUGAAGAAGAAGAGAGAUCCUCUUUCGAACAGGAAAAUUUGGUCACGUAGAUCUUCUAUUACGCCGGAAUUCGUUGAUUCCACUGUACGGAUUUACAAUGGACAAACUUUUGUUCGUUGUAAGAUCACUGAAGGAAAGGUUGGUCAUAAACUUGGCGAGUUUGCUUUUACACGGAAACGAAGACCUUUGAGAACAGUUAUUGGACAGGGAAGCAAAAAGGGGACUGGGAAGAAAAAGGGGUAAACCAAUGUAAUCAUGACAUUGUAGGUGCUUACGAGGGGACGUAUGUGUGGAUCCAUAAGCAAGUGGUGGCAUGGGUGCACACCUUCAUAAGAUAUGUUUGUUUUGAUAAGUGUAUGGAUUCAGAUAAAACAUUUCUUUUGUGGUUUAAUAAAAAACUUUAGUUGGGUGCUA